AUGGCCUCAAGCGGAGGCGCAGAGGAGGCAACGCGAGGGCUCCCACUUCUUCCUACCCUCGUGCUGCACCGAAUCUGCACUUUCCUUUGCACUCAUUGCGAGCCGACGCUUUCUGAACUCGAAGGAUCCCAAGAAGAAUGUCAAGGCCGGACCACGCUGAGAAAUCUUUGCCAGGCCUCCCGACUCCUCCGAUUUGUUGCCGAGCCGGUCCUCUAUCAUCGCGCUCAAUUCAAAUAUCUAGCGAUGCCUGGGGUUCCCGAUCACUUCGCCAGCUCCUCACUCCGUUUCAUCCAAAAUAUUCACGAUCACCCACGACUUCGAAACUAUGUCAAGGUUUUAGAUGUGCGGGACAGCGCUCGUCGACACCGUAAUUCCGACAUCGAUUUCAAAUAUUUUUCUCACCACGAGUGGUCAAAUCGACGAUCGGUGACAGGGCGCAACUUGAAAUACAUCAACCAACUUGCUGCUCCUUUCGGGAUCACUUGCGUCGCUGAUAAUUUCGUUCCAGAUCGCCUGGUGGAAACCUUUGUUCAACUUAUGCUAGUCUUCCUUCCUGGUUUGACUGAGCUAAAGUUCUUGGCACAAGGAUGCUGGAAAUUCCGCCUAUUGUCAGGUGCUCUCCAGAAUGAGAACUCGAAAAUCCCGGAUACACUUCUUUCCAAAGUUCGCAGCCUUCGUCUUAACUUUGAAGUCCCGUCAUGCAGAUGCGAUGAGUGUCAUGGACCAGAUGUAACAUUGUUCGAAAGAGGCGCCGAGAAGCUCCUACUUCAAGCUACCGCAAGAAAUCUACAAACUCUGGUCUGCUCCGUUGCAGCCCUCAGAGACGCCCCUGAUUCACCUCUCCUGGAGUCAUUGAGACUAGACAUAACGGGCAACUGGCCUUUUUACAACACCUUUCUGGCCCAACUCAAGUGCCUACGCCGGUUUUCUUGCACCUUUUCCAGCCAGCAAGGUCCUGUGCCAGACGACAUCAUGAAAGCCAUUCUGCCUACAGCCCAAUCCCUCGAAAUGCUGAAAGUUUGCUUUACGGCUCCGUGGUUUCGUUAUGGAUGGACUAGUCUCGAUUGGGAACCUAUGGGGUCGGCAGCUCUCGAGGACCUCAUGCUUAUGUCUCUUGGAAACUUCACCCAACUCAAAUGUCUUUCUAUCGCGGCCGAGAUGAUCUUCUCCCAGGCAACAAGCAAAUCUUAUCCACAUUUGGUCCGUCGACUUGAAAGUUUUAUCGGUUGGCUCCCAAACUCUCUUGAAAUUCUCCAUAUCAACACGCAAGAAUUUAUGCAAGAAACCGAUAGCAUCCUUGAGGCACUCAUAGAUGCCUUAAGAGAAAAUGCGCCCCGCAGCCUGCACAAGAUCUUAUUCUCUUGUGACUGGGAAAGGUUCAAAAUACUCUACCUAGAUGAAUCACGGGGUUCACCUCAAUGGUCAGUUUCUAAAGCUCUUUGGAUCGCGUGUUGGUAUUCCGGAAUAGAAUACGAACUUGAAGCCUCAUGGGAGCGGAUUUUAAUGGUAGGGGAUCGCUUGAUGGAUGGAUAG